CACACGACGCUGCUGCUGCUGCUGCUGCUGCUACUGCUGCUGCUGCUGCCUCUUGCUCCCUCCGUGGGCAACUCCUACUACUGCUGGGCUGGGCUGGGCUGGGUUGGGCGGGCGGCGCCAGGCUGCUGCACAGACCAGUUCGAGAGAGACAGGGGAAGCAGUUCCUGCCCAAGCUUCUGAUCAGCCAAGCCACUUCUGCCAGUGAGCUUCAGGCUUUCAGAAUUCAAAAGAGUGUCUGAAAAACCCCCUCGAGCACUCCAAUGGCCAGCAACAACACCGCCAGCAUAGCACAAGCCAGGAAGCUGGUAGAACAGCUUAAGAUGGAAGCCAACAUUGAUAGGAUAAAGGUUUCCAAAGCAGCUGCAGACUUGAUGGCCUACUGUGAGGCGCAUGCCAAGGAAGACCCCCUGCUGACCCCCGUCCCAGCCUCCGAAAACCCAUUUCGAGAGAAGAAGUUCUUCUGUGCCAUCCUUUAAGUUUCCAGGCGGAGGCUGAAGAGCCUCGGGGUUCCCGGGACAUUGGCGUAAUGUUUCUAUCAAAGUGGGCACCUUUCUCGUCCACGGCAUUUAAAGAGAGAGAGAAGAACCAUCCUGGAAACUCCAGGCUGUGCAUGUUUAAAGAACUGGUCCCCUUAGGCAAAUGAAAGCCGAUCCACUUCCCGACUUAAAAGAUCUGAUUCUGCAGACCUGCCUGGAGGAGGGGGAUGUAUAAAAAAUAAAAUUGGUGUCACUUCUUUUCUGCUAUCACCCUCCCCACCUUACUUUUUCUGCUUCAUAUUUAAAAAUAAAAAUAAACAUUGAAAAAGACAGCUGUACUGAGCUAAGAUAUGUAUGACCUUCUCAAAAUGAUUCUUGUCUUUAGAAUACCUUCUGAUAAGCUGAAUUGUCCAGUGUAGCCAUGGUUCAGCGUAAUGACAUCAGUGUUUAGUCUUUGUGUUUUUCUUUGUCCUUUCCUCUACCCCUCACCCUUCUUCUAUCCCUACCCAUUAAAGUAGUACAAAGAGAAGGCUAGACUAGUCUGUAAGAUGGAACUCCAAGUUUAAAUGAACACUCAAAAUGUUUAGGAAGAUGUUUCUUGUGGUGUAUUAUCUUGAUAAGAACAACAACAAAAUUGCCAGUUGUCUGUGUUCUCUCAUCACUAUUCCUAAUAUUUGUACAUGGUAGCUUUGACUCUGCAAGUAAAAGUAAAUCAUGUGUUGUGA